CCAUGCUGACCCAUCUCCUCCAAAAACUAAGCCAUAAACCACCCACCGCCGUCCUCCUCCGCCGAAAAACCACCUCAGCUGAAUACGUAGCCUCAAGAAACCGAGAUCCCACUUUCGAAAAACUCAUGGACAAGUACAAAAACCUCUUCAAAGUAAUCGCAAUUCAAGACCUCAUCCUCGGUACAACCACCAACGCCGCCGCACCUCCCGCCGUCUCCCUCGAUUUCCUCAACCGCCUAUCCCAGCGCCUCCAUCUCAACCGCGGCGCCACCCAUUUCCUCCGUAAGUACCCCCACAUAUUCAACAUUUUCCACCACCCUAUCAAAUUACAACCUUAUUGUACACUGACGGAAACCGCCCUCAAAAUCACCCAACAAGAGGCUACAGCUAUCAAUUCUACUUUACCACUUGUAGUAACCCGUUUGGUGCGUUUGUUGUCGAUGUCAGUGACUAAAUCAUUGCCCCUUAGAGCCAUUUUCAAGGUUUAUAGGGAACUUGGGUUGCCUGAUGAUUUUGAGGAAAGUGUAAUCUUGAAAAAAUCUGAUCUUUUUGCACUUGUUGAUAGUGGGAAUGAACCAAACACUCAUUUGUUGAAACUUGUUGGGGAUAUACCGAAGGGGGAGGUAGUGGCUGCUGUUGAUAAUUGGAGGGUAGUGGAAUGUUGUAAAGAGGAUUGUGGGGUUGAUAGGAAUGAGAUUUUGUAUAGUUUUAAGCAUAGUUAUCCACCAGGGAUGAAGUUGAAGAGGAGUUUUAAGGCAAAGGUUAAAGAAUGGCAACAGUUGAAGUAUGUGGGGCCGUAUGAGGCUGUGGAGAUUGGAAAGAAGAGGAAAAAUAAGAUUGGGAUGAUGGAGAUGGAGAAGAGGGCAGUUGGUAUUGUCCACGAGUUUUUGAGUUUGACAGUUGAGAAAAUGGUUGAGGUAGAGAAGAUUAGUCAUUUUAGAAAGUGGUUUGGGAUUGAUUUGAAUGUAAGGGACUUGUUUUUGGAUCAUCCAGGGAUAUUUUAUCUUUCGACGAAAGGGUAUAGGCAUACAGUUUUUUUGAGGGAGGCUUAUGAAAGAGGAUGCUUGAUUGAACCAAAUCCAGUGUAUGAGGCUAGGAGGAAGCUUCUUGAUCUUGUUAUUUUGGGACGGCGAGGGUUGUCUAGAGGUCAUUCCAAGCCAACAGGUGUGAGCCAGGGGGAAGAUGGUUUCACUGAGGAGGUGAAGACUGAUUCAGAUGAAGAUUAGUUUACCUAUAGCUUGCAUCUGUACCAUAAAUGCAGGAUGCUUUGCAAUUGCUAAAGGCCUGAUGGAAAGGAUCACGGAAGUCAAGAGGCUUGAACAAAUUCUUAGCAAAUCGAAAUUGG